AUGACAACCAGGCCCUUGGAGGAGCUGGAUGGAGGCCUGGGCAGCUGCCGGGCCGGGGAGGACCUCUCUGCACUGGCUGACCCCUACUCAGGACGGGCCCGGGAGAACACAGCCCGAGGUGCCCAGGCCAAGCCUGGGAGGACACAGCUCGAGGACCCUGCAGGGAUGCCUAGCCUGGCCGACCUCAGCAGCCGGCCUCAGGACUCCCCAGCAGGUGAGGGUGGUGUGGACACCAAGCCCAAGAAGAUAGAAAAGGAGCCUGCGGUCAAAAGAGUCCCAAGCCCCGGGAAGGAGAAGACGAAAGCUGGAGCAACGCCCCGCAGCGCCCCUGCGCGGAAGAAGACCCAGAGCGUGCCACCCGCACAGCCACCGCCGCCGCCCCCGAGCGACGAGCUGCCCUGGGGAGACGUGACGCUCAACAAGUGCCUGGUGCUCGCCUCGCUGGUGGCGCUGCUCGGCUCGGCGUGCCAGCUGUGCCACGGUGAGCACCCCGCGGGGCACCUGCCCGUAGGGAACCGGCCUUGGGCCUCUGACGUGGUGAUUGGCAAGGAGGCAGUGGAACCGUGGGUGCCGCCAAGCCCUGCCCCAAAGGUUCGAGAACCGCCUCCGGUGAGAGCCAACCUGCAGGUGACCUGGGGUGAGGGGUGUGGAGCCCACACCACGGGCGGGGAAGGGGCGCUGACCCUCGGCCCACUGUCCGUCCUGCAGCCGAAGCCGACGGCCUGGGUCCCCCCACCCGCGCCGCCCGCACCCCCUGAGCCCCAGGAGGAGGCUGAGGCCAGGCCAGAGGCUCCAGGGAGCGGAAAGGCCGCAGUGGAAGACGAGGAGGCCGGCAAGACCACCGAGGAGACCCCCGGGGAGGCCCAGGCGGAACAAGAGCACAAGGAGAAGCUGCCCGGCAGAGAGAGGAGGAGGAAGGAGGAGAGGCAGCGAAAGGAGAAGGAGCAGAGGCCCAGGAAGGAGAGGCCGCGGAGGGAGAAGGAGGCGAGGCCGCGGAAGGAGAGGCCGCGCCCGGACCAGAUGCGGCGGGGAGAGCGCGAAGGCAGCCAUUGGCCGCGGGCACGGGACUCCGCGGACCCCCAGCGCGGCAAGGGCCCGGCCUGGGAGCCCAGGAGGCGAGGCCGCAGCUCCUCCUCCGAGGAGCGGCCCGCGCGCCCGAAGCACCGAGCCGACAGGGGGCGGGACUGA